AUGUGUGACGAAGACGUAGCAGCUAUUGUUAUUGAUAAUGGAUCGGGUAUGUGUAAAGCUGGCUUUGCUGGUGAUGAUGCUCCUCGAUCAGUAUUUCCAUCGGUUGUUGGUCGACCUCGUCAUCAAGCCGUUAUGGUUGGUAUGGGUCAAAAAGAUUCAUAUGUUGGAGAUGAAGCUCAAUCAAAACGUGGUAUUUUAACACUUAAAUACCCAAUUGAGCAUGGUAUUAUUACUAACUGGGAUGAUAUUGAAAAAAUCUGGCAUCACACAUUUUACAAUGAACUUCGUGUUGCACCUGAAGAACAUCCAGUUCUUUUAACCGAAGCUCCACUUAAUCCAAAGGCUAACCGUGAAAAAAUGACACAAAUCAUGUUUGAAACAUUUAACUCACCUGCUAUGUAUGUGGCCAUCCAAGCUGUACUUUCUCUCUAUGCUAGCGGUCGUACCACUGGUAUUGUUCUUGACUCAGGUGAUGGUGUCACACACGACGUACCAAUCUAUGAAGGUUAUGCUCUUCCUCAUGCUAUCCUUCGUCUUGAUUUAGCUGGUCGUGAUUUGACAGAUUAUUUAAUGAAGAUUCUUACUGAACGUGGUUAUUCAUUUGUCACAACCGCUGAACGUGAAAUUGUUCGUGACAUCAAAGAAAAAUUAUGCUAUGUUGCACUUGAUUUUGAACAAGAAAUGGCAACAGCUGCAUCAACAUCAUCACUCGAAAAGAGUUACGAAUUACCUGAUGGUCAAGUUAUUACCAUUGGUAAUGAACGUUUCCGUUGCCCGGAAUCACUCUUUCAACCAUCAUUUUUGGGUAUGGAAGUUGCUGGUAUUCAUGAAACGACAUUCAACUCGAUCAUGAAAUGCGAUAUUGAUAUCCGUAAAGAUUUAUAUGCUAACACCGUCUUAUCAGGAGGUACCUCAAUGUAUCCUGGUAUUGCUGACCGUAUGCAAAAAGAAAUUACUGCUUUGGCUCCAUCAACCAUGAAGAUUAAGAUCAUCGCUCCACCUGAACGUAAAUAUUCAGUAUGGAUUGGUGGUUCAAUCUUAGCUUCACUUUCAACCUUUCAACAAAUGUGGAUUUCAAAACAAGAAUAUGAUGAAGCUGGCCCAUCAAUUGUUCAUCGUAUUGUUAAUCGACCAUAUAAAUUGCAACGUUGUGAUACAAAUGAUAAACGUCAUUUACUUGUAUCUGGUGAUCUUAUUGAAUAUGUUCGAGGACCUUUUUCACAUUGGGCUGUUUAUCUUGGCAAUAAUCAAAUUGCUCAUUUACCAGGACCAUCCAAUGUUUUUGCUAAUUUUCAGAUCUUUCAAACAAUCUGGCGAAUAUUAUCUGGACAUUGGAUUGAACAAAUGCAAAUUGAAAUAUGUGAUUUUAAUGGUCUUCUUUCAUCAUCAAUUGCUUAUGUAAAUAAUAGUAAAGAUUGUAUAUUUCAUCCAUUGCCUAGAGAUGAAAUUGUUCAACGAGCUCAUAGUGCACUCGGAUUUGUUGGUUAUGAUUUAAUGUUGAAUAAUUGUGAACAUUUUGCUCAUUGGUGUCGAUAUGGAGUUGCUAUAAGUGAUCAAGUAUUUAGUUUUCUUUCAUUAACAUCAAGUGUUGGUCUUAUGAUGUGUUUUGCUUCAUGGACAAAACUUGUUUCUAAAUGUCAAAUUUCUAUUGCAAGUGGUAUUCUUCUUGGUACUGCUCUAUUUGCUUCGACUAUGUAUCGAAGUUAA